UCUGUGGUCCAAACACCAAACCAUCCACGAAUUCUGUAGAAUUUACCUGAUAUUUCUCUCCCUUUGGAUACAGCAUUUGUUUUUUUGGGUAAGUUUUAGCCGACAGAAACGACAGAGUAACUUAAAAUCAGUCUAGAGAGGAGCUACAACUUGGCGGAGGCGUCUAAAUGUACUGAAGGAAACGGAAGUAACUCGCCAGCUGUCUGGCUAAGCUCGUGAGGCUAACCAGCUAACCAGCGUCUCGUCGAUGUGACGUCAUCCACGGCUGUAAGUCAGAUGAUGGACAGUGUGAUUUAAAGAUGUAACUAACUGUAAUCUUAAUUAAAUCACGUUUAACUGAGUGAUAACUAUAUAUUAGGACUAUCCUAGAAUAUGAUGCAAUACAAUACAACUAGCUAGGGCUAACUACUGUAAAAUAAACAAGUUUGACACUAUUCCAAGACAAAAACUAGAUAAACUAAGCUAUUUUAUUAUUGGAUUGAAGUAUAUUGGAUUAGUAGGUACAUCUUAAAUAAAACUGGCAUCUCUUCCAGCCGUCUAUAUUCAUUUUGUUGUGUGUUAGGAAAGUGAAACUUUAUUGUUAGUUUUGAUGUUGGACCAGGAAACCACUGCAAAGAUGGAUUUCAAUAAAAAAAGAAGGUUUUAUUGUAAACUUGACAUUGAACUCAUUAAGACACUAGAAAAAGGAUAAUAAAGGUGUUUAGUUUAGUUUAUUAAGGAUCCCCAUUGGUCAACGCCGUAGUGGAGACUAUUCUUCCUGGGGUCCAGGCAAAAAAAGUAAAAACAUUACAAUACAAUACAAAUACAUAAAAUGCAGUACAGCAUGAUCAAUUAACACAAAAACACUUAGACUUUGAAAACAACAUUUAUAUAAAAGUAAAAUAAUCAUACCCAAAUACCAAAAAUAAUAACCUAAUCUAGUAUAAUUUCCAUUCUGAUUAUUGCUCCCUUAAGUUUCCUUUUGAAAUCGCAUUUAUUUCUUGUUAGUCACCUUUUAUGUCCCACUCCUAUACUUUUUUAUGGCGAUUGGUUGAUUUAAUUCUUUAUUCCAUAAUCAGAAAAUGUAACACAAUUAUUUUUAUAAGGGAUUUAACUGGUUCCGUCAUCUCAAAUUUGGAUUACCUGUUUUUGUCCUCGUUAUUUUUCAUUAUAUCCAAUUCUUCUAUUGGGAUCUUGCUUUUCUUUUGAGUCUUGUUGGUUUGUUUAACAUUUUGAAGACCUUGGAAUCGUGAUAUGCCUUUUAAAUUUUUAAAAAUUAUUAUUAUUCAUUUUUCUCAACCAGACAGUGAAUUGAUUCAUUAAGAAAAUAGUUGUCGCUGAAUUGAUCAUGAAAACCUGUAGUUGUCUUUUUUCCGGGGCCCAACACACACACGCACACUCUCAAACACAGAGUUUGUGGUCUUGCCACACCUCACUCCAUAAAAAAGAGGGAAAAAACACGUGUGAGCAUUUUAUUGGAACCCGAAUGAACAAGUGGAAGACUUACUUGUUCAGUUGCACUAUUACAUCUUCAGGUUGUCACAUUCUUGUGAAUGAAAUAUCUAAAAAAACACCUUGACAGGAUUUCUUUACCUCCGCCAUAAGCAUCCACUGGGACUCAAGGAUGAACCGCCUUUCAACCCCUCUGCUGCGGUUCGGCGAGCUCACGAUCGAUAAGUACUUACUGCAACACCUUCACCUUUUCAUAACACUUGAUCGGUUAAUGCGAUCAGCCAUUUGCCUCAGAGUGAAGACGGUAAUACGAGGCAGGGGGACGCUCAUGUUUGUGGUUUCAAAAGCUUUUCAUAGGAUUAAAAACAGUCUUCGGACCGUCGUUGAAAAUGUGUUUUAUUAUUAAUUUCUCUCUUUUCUUUACCUUCACUUCAUCCAGUGUCUGAAUGCCAACUCUGUGGGUGAUGGAGUUGAGCAGGCAACUGUGUGGGAAGAUGAGGAGGUCCAAUAAGAGGGCCCAGCUCUCCUCCUCUCCGACGUCCACCUGGGGCCUGGAGGUCCACUUCUACACCCCGGAGGUGCACCAGCUGGAGUACUUCAAGGGCUGCUACACCGCCUUGGAGCUCUGCGUGGACGCCGCCAAGAAAUGCUCCAUCUCUCCCUUGUGCCAUAACCUAUUUGCCCUGUACGACGAGACAACCAGCCUGUGGUACCCGCCCAACUAUGAGUUCAAGAUCACGGAUGAAACCAGCGUCAAGCUGCAGUACCGCAUGAGAUUUUACUUCAGAAACUGGCACGGCACCACAGAGGGAGAGUCUCCCGUCUGGAGACACUGCAUCAGUAAACUCAGAGGAGGUCUCAGCCCACAGAAAACACCAGAAGGAACCCCCCUACUGGACGCUGCCUCUCUGAACUACCUGUUUGCCCAGGGCAAGUAUGACUUCCAGACGGGCGUGGUUCCUCUGAGGGUGUCCCACUCGGAGGUGGAGCAACACGAGAUAGAGAAUGAGUGCUUGGGCAUGGCUGUGCUCGCCAUCACCCACUACACCAUAAACAUGGACACGACCACUCCCACUGCUUCCCAUGAAAUCAGCUACAAGCGUUUCAUCCCGGAGUCUCUGAACUGCAACAUCAAGCAGCGCAACGUGCUGACGCGCAUCCGCAUCAACAACGUCUUCAAGAAGUUCCUCAGCGAGUUCAAGCGGCGCACGAUGAAGGACAGCAAGAUCACGCUGUACGACCUGAUGAUCAAGUACCUGGCCACGCUGGAGGGCCUGACCGGCAGCCUGGGCAGCGAGCUGUUCGAGCCCAUCUCGCUCAGCGUCGUGCAGGAAGGAGAUCUCUGCAACGGAGGCUACUACGGCUUCUCCAACCAGAGCCAAGAGCAGAGCCUGAACAUGAAGACCAGCCACGACAUGCACGUCCUGGUGACCGGCACCACCGGCAUCUCCUGGAGGAAGAAGCCCGCUACAUCGACCGGGAUCGGCAAAGAAAAGGGCAAAUCAAAGAAGAACAAGUUGGAUGGAAAACAGAAAAAUGCCCAAAAGGUGGAAGUGAACGAAGGCUGGGUGGCGUUCUGUGACUUCCACGAGAUCACGCACACGGCCAUCAAAGAGGCGACGGUCACCAUCUCCAGACAGGACAACAAGAGGAUGGAGUUGCACAUGGCCUCCAGGGGUGAGGCUCUGUCCUUUGCGGCGCUCGUGGACGGGUACUUCAGGCUGACGGUGGAUGCCCACCACUUCCUGUGCAAGGAGGUGGCCCCUGCGUCAGUGGUGCACAACAUCAAUAACGGAUGCCACGGACCCAUCUGCACGGAGUACGCCGUCCACAAGCUGCGUCAGGAGGGCAACGAGGAGGGCACCUACAUCCUGCGCUGGAGCUGCACCGACUACGAGUACAUCAUCAUCACCGUGGUCUGCAACGAGAUGGACCUGAAGGAGUCUCGCCCCGUGUGCCAGUACAAGAACUUCCAGAUCGAGGUGGCCCCCAGCGGGUUCCGUCUGUACGGCACCGAGACGUUCCGGCCCAGCCUGGUGGAGCUGCUGCAGCACCUGGAGGGCCAGAGCCUCCGCACCGACAACCUGCACUUCCAGCUGCUGCGCUGCUGCCCCCCGCAGCCCAGAGAGGUCUCUAACCUGCUGGUGGUCACUAAGGAUCGAGCUCUAGCCACUCACACGCCGCUGCAGGAGAGUCAGCUGAGCUUCCAUCGCAUCCUCAAGGAAGAGAUUGAACAGGAGGAGCACCUCGGCCUCGGCACGAGAACCAACAUCUUCUCGGGCACCCUGAGGGUGAAGAGCGAGGAGGAGGAGGACGCCGGUUACUCGUCCUUCCAGGAGGUCAAGGUGGUCCUGAAGGUGCUGGGCUCCGGACACAGGGACAUCUCCCUGGCCUUCUUUGAAACGGCCAGCAUGAUGCGACAAGUGUCUCACAAGCACAUCGUGCUGCUGUACGGGGUGUGUGUCCGCCACCAGGAAAAUAUCAUGGUGGAAGAGUUCGUCCAGCCGGGACCGCUGGACUUAUUCAUGAGAAGGCAGCAGAGCCCACUGGGCACGCCCUGGAAGUUCCAGGUGGCCAAGCAGCUGGCCUCGGCGCUCAGCUACCUGGAGGACAAAAAGCUGGUCCACGGCUUUGUGUGUGCCAAAAACAUUCUGCUUGCCAGAGACGGACUGGACACGGAGAAAGGAGGACCCUUCAUCAAGCUCAGCGACCCGGGAAUACCAAUCACAGUCCUCACCAGAGAGGAGUGUGUGCAUCGCAUCCCGUGGAUCGCUCCCGAGUGCGUGAAGAGCGCGUCGUCCCUCAGCGUCGCCGCCGACAAGUGGGGCUUCGGGACCACCCUGUGGGAGAUCUGCUACGAUGGAGAGGUCCCCCUCAAAGACAAGAAGCUCACAGAGAGGGAGAGGUUUUAUGAAACCGAGUGCCAGCUGGCCACCCCGGACUGCAAAGAGCUGGCUGAGCUGAUGACCCACUGCAUGACCUACGACCCCAAGAAGAGACCUUUCUUCAGGGCCAUCGUCAGAGACAUAGACAUGCUGGAGGAAAAGAACCCGUCUAUUAAACCCCAGCCGACGCCAGAGGUGGACCCCACUAUGUUUGAAAAGAGAUUCCUCAAGAAGAUCAGAGAUCUGGGAGAGGGCCACUUUGGAAAGGUGGAGCUGUGUCGCUAUGACCCUCGGGGAGAUAAAACGGGCGAGCUGGUGGCGGUGAAAUCCCUGAAGCCGAGCAACCGGGACGGGCAGAGCAACAACCUCUCGUGUGAGAUCAACAUCCUGAAGGAGCUCUACCACGAAAACAUCGUCAAGUACAAAGGCAUCUGCCAAGAAGACGGUGGCCAGGCCAUCAAGCUGAUCAUGGAGUACCUCCCACUGGGCAGCCUGAAGGACUACCUCCCCAGGAACAAGAGCAAGACCGGCCUCAGCACCUUGCUCAGCUACUCCGUCCAGAUAUGCAAGGGAAUGGACUAUUUGGGAUCUCAUAAGUACAUCCACCGAGACCUGGCGGCCCGGAAUGUUCUGGUGGAGAACGAGAGGACGGUGAAGAUCGGAGACUUCGGCCUCACCAAGAUUAUAAAGAACAACGAGGGAUAUUACACGGUGAAGGACGAGAACGAAAGCCCGGUGUAUUGGUAUGCACCAGAGUGUCUGACUCACUGCAAGUUCUACCUGGCCUCGGAUGUUUGGUCCUUCGGGGUGACGAUGUACGAACUCAUCACCUACUGCGACUCCACCAAGACCCCCAUGACGCUCUUCGGGCACAUGAUUGGCCCAUCUCACGGUCAGAUGACUAUCAUCCGAUUGGUCGAGGUGCUGAUGGAGGGGAAACGGUUGCCACGUCCCGAGGGCUGUCCCGAGGCUGUGUACCAGCUGAUGCGCAGGUGCUGGGAGAAAGCCCCCGACCUGAGGAUCACGUUCGAACGCCUCGUGGAGGAGCUGACGAAGAUGCAGCUUCAGUUCCAAACACAAAACCACCUUUGAGACUUCCUCCGGCGGGUUUUUUUCCGAGGCUCUGGGAACGAACUCUGGACCAGAUGUGGACGGCGGAACUGACUCCAGAUCAGUAUGUGCUUGUGGAGCGUCACACAGAGCAUUGCUUCUUCAUACUCACACACAAAUACAUAUGUGUGUGUGUGUAUAUGUAUAUAUACAUAUACACACACACACCUUCCACAACCAUGAAAAGACUUCUAGUCCUGUUAUUGUAGUCCGUCAUCACGUUUUUUUCAUUUCUCAACGUUUGUUAAACUAUUCUCAUGUUUCCAAGUUUGAUUGGAGUAUUUUUUGGAUAUCUUUCAACUCUCGUAGCCUUAGCCCCUUAGCCCACGCUGAAUGUGACCUUAUAACCUGCAAAAGGACUUCCAAAGUGUAUCUAAGGGAUUUUUAACUCUCUGCGGACUCAAGUGGACCGGACAAUAUUAUAAUCUGUGACGGAAGGCCUUUUAUGAUCAUGUGACGUCGCUCUCACUGGUGGACGCUUGAAAAGAUUGAACUAUUAAACAGUUUAACGCCUUCUUUCAAUCGGAUUACUGAUGAAUCACGUUGAUCAUUUCUUGGAUGCAUACGGAUGCUGAAGAUGUAGUUUUUCCAACAGUUUGUUUCGUGGACUCACUGUUUUUGGGGGGAAACUCCCCCUGGUUUUUUUGUGUUUUUCUUUUAGCCAAUGAGGUGUCUGUGAUGGAUGUUCUGCUCAUGAUGUGCAGACGCUGUCCCUAUGAACCAGCUUUCAAUUGCAGCCAGCAGUCGAUGUUCCUUUUCACUGUGUUGUUAUCGUUGAGGUUUAAAAUGCGAAACACGAUUGAACGAGCAAUUUUAAAUACAUCACGAUUUUCUUUUAAAGCUGUGACGCGCAUGUUUCAGACAUUUUAUAGUACAAUUAACUGAGAAAAUCUCUCAAGUUAAGUUCUUUAAAUAUAACGUCUUUAAUUGAGAACUAUAUGCAUCCGAUUAGUUGACUAAAUCAAAUAUACAGCACUUACUAGCUUGUUAGUUGAGGUGGGAGUACCUGUGAAAUACACUUGAGGGCAGUAUCCCUUCCCUUCUCUACUUUCCAAUGUCUAUAUGCUAUGUAUUUAAAUAUAUAGCAUAUAUUUAAAUAAAUAUAUAUAUAUAUAGCAUUCAUUUAAAUAUACAUAUAUAUAGCAUAUAUUUAAAUAUAUAUUCAAAUUUACUCAAUUAUAUCUAAAUAUGUUUUAUAUAAUUACAGAUAUAUAUAUAUGCUGUAUAUAUUUACAUUUAAAUAUAUAUGCUAUAUAUUUUUUAAUAUAUAUAUUGUAUAUAUAUAUCUUCUUUUUUUUUAAAGAGCCACUUGCCGUGGUUGCUGAUUGUGAAUGGAGGGACUAAAGAUGGUACACAGUGUUUGAAGUAAGAAAGAAUAAUCAUUGAUUAUGUACAUGGCCUCUUAACUUUUGUUAUUUCGGUUACCACAUAUAUUAAUUCUUCUGACAUUACAGAUUAUGUAUGUACAUUUUCGUUGUAAUGUUUUUUAUCCGCCAAUAUGCCAGAGCACUUAUCAAAGUGUAUUUUGUGUAUGUGAAGGUUUUGAGCAGAAGGUUUUCUUCUGUUUUAAAUCUAUGAGCCGCAAAAUCCCACAAAAUGUUCAUGAUUUUGAGAAACAGUCAGUUGUUCUUCAUGUAACUAUAAAUGGCUUUUAUUGCGGCGGGGAAUAAACCCCGCCGCUGCCGCGCUUCAGUCCACGUUCUCUUCCGGGAUGUAAAACACAAUUCCUUCUGCUCAAAGACGAGAGAAAAUAAAUAUAUAUAUUUUUCAAUUAAAAAAAAGAUGAAACUAUGAAUUAUGGAAAGUAAAAGUAUCCAUACAUACAACAAUGGAAACAAAUAAAUAAAAUGAAUAUUGUUCCAUCUGUGUCAGUCCAAAUGCAAAUCCAUACUCUAUUUACCUUUUUACAUACUUCACAGAUUUUUUUGCGACUAUAUGAUAUUACAAUGUUUUUCGUAAUGCUAUACAAUGCUUUCAUAUGAAUUCUUUAAACACAUUAUUCAAUAUAACUUUCGAAAACUUUUUUUACAUAACUUUCUUCAAUAAAAAAAAAAGAAGUUUAUUUUGGUCCUAAACAACUGUUUAAGUCACUGAAUAUGGAAGACUGAUAUACUAGCUGUGUUCAGGUGUGUUACUUUUGACUUACAUUAUCUAUAAAUAAAAUUAAAUAUAAAUAUAUCUGGUCAUAUUGCUCCAGAGCACGACUUCCCAACCAUUAUAUUUGCAAGAAAAAAACACAUUUCUGUGUACUUUCCUAGCCAUUGUUUUUAAGUAUCAUUAGAAAUCAUAACAUGGAUGUAUUGAUCUGGUAUCCAGUAACAAUAAGGAUCCAUGAUGUCACCAUGGAUUACACACCACGAUGCCACGGAGGCAGCAUAUCAUCUAUUGGUCCGUUGGGGAAUCUAUAAAUCUUUAAAUACACAAAUACUCACUCAAUGCAUCCAUUCAAAGUGCACUUACUUCCUGUUUGUCGACCACAACACUGAAGUCACAUGACUAACUUCCUGUCUCAUAGGGCCCCUGGCUACUUUUAUAAAAGUGCGUGUGCAUUUUUAUUGCAUUGCUUUCUUAAUAAUCCUCUGAUACCAGAACAUUUAUAAAAGUAUAUUUUUCUCUGAGUGAUUUGAUCUCACUCAUAUUAUUAUGAUUAUUAAGAAAUGGUCAGUUGUAUUUCUCGUAGCCGUUUAUGGCUUUUAACGUGUUUUAUUUUGAAAAGAAAAAAAAGAUCCCGUAAAGAAGACAAAGUUGCUUUGCAGUCCACAUUUUAUUUAGGAAUGUAAAAGACAAUUCCUUCUGCUCGACACAAGAGGAAAGACAUUUUUGUUGUUGAUUUUACCCCCCAAAAAUAAGACAAAUGUAUGAAUAAUGGGAAAGUAAAAGUAUCCAUAAAUACACAAUGAAAAUAAAAUCAAUGUUUGUUGUUUUUCUUCCUGUGCCGGUCCCAUCAUGUUUUAUAUGUGAUCUACUACUGGAAACUGCUCUAUAUAUUACAGUUGUCAGUACGCAUGCUAAAAAGUGUUCUAGUAUUUUAUUCACAGUAAAACAAAAGAAAUCUCAUCGGGUAUAAAAUGUUUGCAAAAAUCUAAAAGAUAAAAAAUAAUACAUAAAAAGCAUCAUUUAUAAUAUACAGCCAAUAAACUGUCAUGAAACCAGA